AUGUCCAUUCUUAAUGGGAAAACUAUUGGUUUCGUGGAAGGUUGGGCUAGCGAUGAAACCUGCGUUCGGAGACAGCCUGGCAGCAGUACCUCAUUUACCGCUAAGAACGUCCCCACUCCCACAGAUAUGGUGGCCCAGCUUAAAAGUGGCGCAGAAGUUGUAAGAAGCAAGGAGGAUUUUAAUUUUAAAGGAAGAAUUAUCAUGUCAGCUUACAUAGACAUGCCAGAAAUGGAUUCCAAUUGUCCUGUCUGUUUUGAAAUGUUGAUAGAUCCAACAACAUUGAACUGUGGACACAACGUAUGCAGACACUGCCUGGCACAAUGGUAUCUGUCUGGUCAGAGACAAAACUGUCCAGUUUGUCAUCAGGAUUUGUUAUCAAGAUUAAGAUCCAGAAUAAUGACUCAGCAGCAAUUGCAGCUUUCUCCAGGCACAGAUAUUCUUCAGAAAGUUUCCACACAAAUUAACCGAGAACUGGCUGAGAAGUUGUAUUUUAUGGAAGUGAUGGUUAGCUAUGGUUAUGCACUGUGCAUAUUUCUGACAGUUGCACUGUUUGUAUGGUUGACUUCAAGCUGGUUUAAUGGAGAUGGCAGUACUUUGCUGGUGAACAAUCCAGUGCAGAAGUGGUCUGUGGAAGAGGUCGCUGACUGGAUUGGGGAACAUGGUGAAUGGGCCAAACAGAUGUAUGCUGGGAUAUUCAAGGAACAUCAAAUAGAUGGUCGUCUGUUGGGCAGCUUACAAGAAGACGAUUUAGGGUUAAUAGUUGGAACAUCUAUUCCACCAGUUCACAAAAGAGCACUACUGGAGGCAAUACAAGUAGUACAGCAUCUGGGUGUGAAACCACCUAAAAACUUGUGGGAGUACAAGGCAUUUUAUCCUGUCAAGACUAAUAUUUUAGCGAUCGGCAUAAAGAAUCAUCCAAGGCUCCUGUUCCUCUAUCUAUACUGGUUUGACUACCAAGACUCUUUCCUUCCAUUUAUACAUAAAGUCGUUCCUGUGGAAAAUGUCUCAGAUGAAAUGCUGAUGGCUAACAGGGCUCCUCCUACAUUAGGACAGUGGUGUAGAUUUUUACCUCAGCUGAUUCUUUGUCCUUACUGGUUAAUAGCUGUAUUUACCUGGGACUGGAUUACUGUGCAUAUGUGGACUUCAUGCUUUGUGCUUAUCAGCUGUGUCAUCUACACAGUGCAGGAAGCCUUAGAAGUAAAAUUCUCGUCAGUGUCAAAGUUAAGUCUUGAGUCCAUCCUUGGCCAUGUCUUUGGAAUGAUGAUGCAACUCUUCUUGCUGCCACUAAUUCCUGGUUUCAUAAACAUUUGGUUUUACUUGAGAGUAUUUGUGGACCCAAUUUUUUAUCUUGUAUAUUUUGUAAGGGUGCUCUCCCAGCGGGCACUCAACGUUGCCUAAAAUAUGUUUUCAUUUCUUAUCAUUUUUUGCAUAACAGCAUAACAGUAUAUUUAGGGAGGAUAUUUUUCUCUCAUGUUCAUAUGAACAGUUAUAAGUA